UCAUGUCGUCGCGGGAAAUCCCAGAAUAGAGUUCUCAUUUCGGUGCGGAGCCCCCUCACAAAUAGACCACAGAAACUGUAUAGUCAGUUAGUGACGCGCUCAGUCGCGUUUUCACACUAACUUUGUGUUGGUCGGUGUGCCCGCCUCACAUGCAUUCCAUUUCACCUGUUGACGACGACAGCUCACUGCGAUCUGUCAUUUAUACUGGGAUUGAUUUGAAAGGAUUGAAUCAAACCAGAGAGAAGAGAGAGGAGAGCAUAGACACCAAAGGUCUUCAGAUGGGAUAUGACAGCAAACAGAAACUCUGAAAGUUCUCUGGAUAUAGUUCAAAUGAUUGAAAGCGAAAGCGCGCUUCCCGUCUAAACCCAUCACUUUGUUAUUUAGUCACUCUGUUUUUAUGAGCGUCUAUUUUAUUCAAAUUCAAGAACAAUAAUACACAUUACCCACAAGAAAUGCCCCUCCACAAUAUAGACACCCCGAGGAGCCGAUGGGAGCAGGGCUUGCGGUCGCCGUGGGUCGCCCGAUUGGCUGGAGGGCAAAGCCCCGCCUCUUCAGGGGUGGAGUCAGACACAGAGAGCAGCAGCACAGAGAGCGAGAGGUCUCCAGCCAAACGUUUAGAGGCGCGGUCACCGAGGAUCCUACCGUUGCCCUCCAUGCUGCAACAGCGAAUCACAGAGAUUGACCAGCAGAGGGAGGAGCUAAAGAUAGAGCUGCAGCUGGAGAUAGCCCUGUUGGAGGGCGAGCUGCAGGAGGAGAGGAACGAGCUGCGCAGACACACUCUGUAUCUACAGACACUGCAGGAGGAGACACACAGACAGACGGACAGACAGAAGGAGCGAACCAGUCUGGAGGUGGAGAGGGCCCGGGUUGAGGAGCUGAGGAGUAGGUUGGAGGAGAAGGAGACACUGAUCCCCAGUCAGCCAGAGGGCCAGAGAGAACAGCUACUGAUCCAACUACAACAGGAGAAAGAGAUGGUGGAGGCAGCCGGCCGGGUGUUUGAGGACUGGGAAUUCCGUGUCCUGGAGAGCGAGGCCGGAGUAGAGGAGGAGGAGAGCGAAGGAAAGAUAGAAGGGAAGGAGAGAGGGAACGAGGAAGAUAAGGAGAAGGAGAUCUCAUGCCAAAAGCAUGCUGUCACCUCAGCGCAGGAGCGAGUCCAGCAGCUUGAGAAGCAGUUGAAGGAGAUGGAGCGAGAGCAGGAUAGAGAGAUGAAUGCCUUCAAGAAGGAGAGGAGAGAGUUGCUCCGCACCACUCAAAGGGUCUUGAAAGAGAAGAAGCCACUCGCUGAUUGGUCCAACAUCCCCAGCUCGGUCCCUUGCAUGAUGUCACUCUCGCCGCUGACCAUUCACAAAUCACCUCAGGAACAAGCCAAAGAAUCUGCCAGUUUACCCCGGAGACGGAGCUCGCACCGCAACAAUAAGCUCGCGGAUAGGCCGGUCUCGGCGCAAGGGCUGGUGAGAAUGGUACCUGACAGUCCGAGCCCAGAGCGCUUCACUUCCCCUCUUCCCUCCCACCGGCACAGCAACGGGCACAGACCUGGGCCCAGCAAUGGCAGUGAUCUCCUCACCCCCUGUAACAGUGCUAGUAGCUCCCGUGCUGCCAGCCCGAGUCUGGGACUGUUAAACCUGGUGGAGAUUGAAAGGAGACUGAGGGAGGCCAAGGCAGAGAGAGAGAGGCUUCUCAAAGAGAGGGAGGAGAGGAGGCAGGUGGUGGUGGAGGAGAGGAGGCAGAGAGAGCUGGAGGGCCGAGGAGCAGCAGAACCAGUAGAGUCCCAGACCAGGCUAGUCCCUGACCCAGAGGAGCAGCCCAAAACCACCAGUCCUGUCCCCAGCUCCCCUGAGCGCUCCCUACCUCUCUUCCUCUCUGCGAACUUUGACCUGCGGGCCCACGUGGAGUCGCUGGGUCAUGGGGUGGCGGGGUGCAUGGGCCUGCGUAUGUCCCCGCGCCGCUGUGCCGGCUUCUUGACCAAGCGUGGCGGGCGGGUCAAGACCUGGAGGAGGAGGUGGUUCCUCUUCGAUAUGGACCACAGGCGGCUAGCCUACUACACAGACUGUGAUGAGAGGAAGCUAAAGGGGGUGAUCUACUUCCAGGCUAUAGAGGAAGUCUACUAUGACCACCUGCGCACAGCCACUUCAUCUCCGCGGCCCAGCCUUACGUUCUGUGUGAAGACGUACGAGCGCCUCUUCUUCCUGGUGGCGCCCAGCGCCGAGGCCAUGAGGAUCUGGAUGGACGUCAUUGUCACAGCAACAGACGAGCACAGCCGCUACUGACCUCGACCUUACACCUGCCCCUUUCCUGUGUCUGUCUGACCUACCCCUUGGACUGAACCUCCAUUCAGCUGGCUGACUUGGCUAACCUGGCUACAGCUUCAGCAGUUUACAUUAUGUGGGGAAAACUGCAAUCUUCACCCUCCAAUGCGUGUAGGACCCAGCUAGGCUGCCAUUUUGCUGCCUGAACUUUACGUCAUAUGAGUGGUGGAGGUGAGGAACAGAACAUAAUGUUCAGGAAAGCUCUUCCUGAAGGAACUGACAUUUGAUUCUGGAUAGUAUCUUAGGAGCUUUGAUGACAUAGGACUGAGUAGCAGACUGUUACAGGUUCUGUGUGGAACAAGAGACGUUUAGAGGAUGGAGGAGGGACAAGGCCAUGGGAAUAUAAAGACGUGGAUGUGCAAGAUGGAGCAACCAUUGGACAUCUUAGAGUCAGUGCCAACCAUGAUAUACUGACAGACAAACCUUUGAUGUCUUUUUAUUAGUCUCAAAUCAGGAUUUAAUGGUUGGUGUCUCUCUAGCAGCUGUGUUUGAGCUCCCUCUUGUGGCCAUAUUGAAGUGUUGAAGUACUACAGCUUCCAUUGAAAUAUACAGGUAACUGCCAAAAUAAUGGAAACACCAGCAUAGUGUGUCUUAAUAGGUCGUUGGGCCACCACGAGCAAGAACAGCUUCAAUGCACCUUGGCAUAGAUUCUACAAUGGUCUGGAAUUCUAUUGGGGGGAUGCGACACCAUUCUUCCAUAAGAAAUUUGAUAAUUUUGUGUUUUGUUGAUGGUGGAAAACGCUGUCUCAGGCGCCACUCCAGAAUCUCUCAUAAGUGUUCAAUUGGCUUGAGAUCUGGUGACUGAGACAGCCAUGGCAUAUGGCUUUACAUCGUAUUAAUGCUCAUCAAAUCAUUCAGUGACCACUCGUGCCCUGUGGAUGGGGGCAUUGGCAUCCUAUAGGGGCAUAGCCAUGGUAGACAAAAUAAUAGACAAAAUAAUGGCCUGCUCAGCA